CCAGCCCGGGGCUGCCGCACGCUUCUCCCCGGAGUGUCUCGGACGCCCCAGGGAGGAGGCAGUGGCCGCGUCGCGCUGGAGCGGAGCCCGAGGACUGCUCCCACGAGGUCCGGCGCCUAGAGAAGCCCCCCCAGCUUUCUGAGGAUGAUAUCCGGCUAAAAAGGGAGAGAGACAGCUGCAGUGCCAACCCCCUGGAGCCUGCUACCAGCUCUCUUCCCCCAGAUCACAAAAACAUGGAAAUUGAGGUUUCCGUUGCAGAAUGUAAAAGUGUUCCUGGAAUCACUUCUAGUCUACGUUCCACUGACCAUCCCUCCUCUUUCUACUCGCCCCCCCACAAUGGCCUCCUCACAGAUCGCCAUGAAUCUCUGGAUAAUGAUGUGGCCAGAGAGAUCCGAUAUCUAGACGAGGUGUUGGAGGCCAACUGCUGUGAUUCUGCUGUGGACGGAACUUACAACGGCACAUCCUCCCCGGAGCCUGGAGCAGCCAUCCUGGUGGGCAGCCUAAGCCCACCCACCCAUACAGCCAUCCAGCCGGAACCCACUGAGAGAGCAGCUGGCAGGCAGGCACCUCCUCACAUUGAACUCAGUAAAAGCAACUCUACCACCAUGGCAGAGGGCAGAAGAGCGAACGGCCACUCCCCUGAGCAGCCCAGAGAUCUGCUGGGGGAGAGCCUGCAGUCCCCCGUGAGCCCCACCUCCUCCACCAGCUCCCGCUGUUCAUCCCGAGAUGGGGAGUUCACGCUCACCACGCUGAAGAAGGAAGCCAGGUUUGAGCUCCGUGCCUUCCACGAGGACAAGAAGCCCUCCAAGCUCUUUGAGGACGACGAGAGUGAGAAGGAACAAUACUGUGUCAGGAAAGUGAGGCCCUCAGAAGAGAUGCUGGAGCUGGAAAAGGAAAGGAGAGAACUCAUCCGGAGUCAGGCUGUGAAAAAGAACCCUGGCAUUGCGGCAAAAUGGUGGAAUCCGCCCCAGGAAAAGACCAUCGAGGAGCAGCUGGAUGAGGAACAUCUGGAGUCGCACAAAAAGUACAAGGAGCGCAAGGAGAGAAGGGCGCAGCAGGAGCAGUUGCUGAUGCAGCAGCAGCAGCAGCAGCAGCAGCAGCCCCCAGCGCAGCUCUGCCCAGCCCCUGCAUCCUCUCGUGAACAUUCGAGCAUGACUGAGAACACGAAGAAGGACAUCGUCACGGAGCAGAUAGAUUUCUCUGCUGCACGCAAACAGUUCCAGCUGAUGGAGAAUUCCAGGCAAACAGUAGCCAAGGGCCAGAGUACACCCAGGCUCUUCUCCAUCAAGCCCUUCUACAGGCCUCUGGGGUCAAUCAACUCAGACAGGCCACUGACUCUCUCAAGACCAGCUUCUAUUGGGGGACCUCCAGAAGACAGUGGCACAUCGGCAGCCAGAGGGCAGAAAGCCAGCUGUGCCCAGGAGAGCCAGUCUUCAGGAGGAGGCCAGGGCAGUACAGUUCCUCAGGGGAAGGAAGGGCCCUAUAGUGAGCCCUCCAAACGGGGGCCCUUAUCCAAACUGUGGGCAGAGGAUGGAGAGUUUACAAGUGCCCGGGCUGUCCUCACCGUGGUCAAGGAUGACGACCCUGGGAUUUUGGAUCAGUUUUCAAAGUCAGUCAGUGUCUCUCUGACCCAAGAGGAGCUUGACUCUGGUUUGGAUGAGUUGUCAGUGAGGUCCCAGGAUACCACUGUCCUGGAGACCCUGUCCAAUGAUUUCAGCAUGGACAACAUCAGUGACAGUGGGGCCUCCAAUGAGACAACCAAUGCCCUCCAGGAAAAUUCACUGGCUGACUUUUCUCUGCCCCAGACUCCCCAAACUGACAACCCCUCAGAGGGCCGAGGAGAAGGUGUCUCCAAGUCCUUUAGUGAUCAUGGUUUCUAUUCCCCUUCUUCCACGCUGGGAGACUCUCCAUCAGUUGAUGACCCCUUGGAAUAUCAGGCUGGUCUCCUGGUGCAGAAUGCGAUUCAACAAGCCAUAGCUGAGCAAGUGGACAGAGCUGUGUCUAAAACCAACAAGAGUGGAGCAGAACAGCGGGGACCUGAAGCAACUCUAGAGGAAGCUGAAACUGGGCCUUCCAGCUCGGAGAAGCCUCAGAGCAUGUUUGAGCCACCCCAGGUGUCCUCUCCCGUUCAAGAGAAAAGGGAUGUAUUACCAAAGAUUCUGCCUGCUGAAGACAGAGCGCUCAGGGAAAGAGGGGCCUCCCAGCCACUACCGGCAGUGCAGCCCAGUGGCCCAAUAAACAUGGAGGAGACCAGACCAGAAGGGAGCUAUUUCAGCAAGUACUCGGAGGCUGCUGAGCUGAGAAGCACAGCCUCGCUCCUGGCCACUCAAGAGUCCGAUGUGAUGGUUGGGCCCUUCAAGCUGAGGUCAAGGAAGCAGCGAACUUUGUCCAUGAUUGAAGAAGAGAUCCGAGCAGCCCAGGAAAGAGAAGAGGAGCUGAAGAGGCAGAGACAAGUCUUGCAGAGUACCCAGAGCCCCAGGGCCAAGAACGCCCCAUCGCUGCCCUCCCGAACUUCAUGCUACAAAACCUCUCCAGGGAAAAUAGAGAAAGUCAAACCUCCUCCAUCCCCCACACCUGAAGGCCCCAGCUCGCAGCCUGACUUAGCCCCCGAAGAGGCUGCCGGAUCCCAGCGGCCCAAGAAUCUGAUGCAGACCCUCAUGGAAGACUAUGAGACACACAAAUCUAAAAGGCGCGAGAGAAUGGAUGAUAGUAGUGUCCUUGAGGCCACAAGGGUUAAUCGAAGAAAGAGCGUGCUGGCCUUGCGCUGGGAGGCAGGGAUCUAUGCCAACCAGGAGAAAGAGGACAAUGAAUAAUAAACUUCCUUCCACCCGGGAAGCUUCACUGGUGCUUGGGUUACCAAGAAACCAAGCAGUCAACACAUCAAAGCAUUUUAAUGGAAUAUUUAUUAAAGUGCAAACAAACUCAGCAAUCCUUAUGUAGACCAGAAGCUGCAAUAUACAAUGAUGAAACAUAAAGUGAGAAAGAAUUCCACCCAUCAAACUCUAACACCCAGGAGUCAACAGAGAAAAGAUUUGUUGUGACUCAAAAAUCACCUGGAUUUGGACCAAUCCACAAAUUGAUCCAAAAGGACAAAGUUACAAGCAAAUCAACAUGGUUGCUGCAGGCAGAACUGAGACCAGCCUCUCUGGAUGGUGAGGAAAAACCGUGGUGAUGGGGCCAUUUAGAGCGCAGUGCAGCCCAAGCUGGUGCAAUCUACAUGGCAUAGGAUAUUUCUCUGCACCCGUUUCCCACCCAUCGCUCACAGCAUCAGAGGUGUGAGGUUAACUCCAUUUUCUCCAGCAGCCAUAAAAUGAAUAAUGUUUCUCUCUAUAUUUGCCCAGAAGAGGCAAUUAUGAUUCCAUUUCUCUUACAUGUAAUUGUUUUUAAUUGGGAACAACUAAUGAUGGCAAUACAUAAAAUCCGUGUUUUUAAGACAAUAUCUCUUCAUGUUGCAAACACAAUCUAUUCUACGUUAGGAGGUUGAGAAAGGGAGAGAAAGCCAAACCAAAUGGAUUAUUUUAGCUUUAGGAUCUCUCAUCUGCUUAUAAUAUUGACUGAUCUGCAGUUUAUGAGAACACAUUUUCACAAUUAUGUUUCUUCCUAUGAAAACUAUAUUUAGUGGGCAACAACUAUUUUUAUGAGGGGCUGGGGGACUAUAUACAUGUAUAAAACCUGUACACAUUGAACAGCUGGAUUCAAGAUGGUAGGGGUAUUUUUCGAAUGGCAAUAAUUGAAAAAGGGCAAACUGCCUUAGAGAGGUAGAUGACAAGAAAUAAAAAGGUGUUUAUAACUAUAUUUUAUAUUAUAAAGUGGACUUAGUGGUGGUAGGAAGAUUGAUAGCUUAUUUUGGAUCAAUAAGAAAUGAAAAAUUAAAGAAAGAUCGUGAAGGUAGGGAGAAAAGAAGGGAGGAAGAAAGAGUGGGAAAAUUAGGAAGUAAGAGAGAUUAUUUUUGCUGAACAACCAGUUUUCCAGGAUGAUAUGGAGAAAAAGAUAGAAAUUUAAGUGCAGGCUCGGAAUCAGCUACAAAUCCUAAAAAUGGUGUGUGUGUGUGUGUGUGUGCGUGUGUGCGUGCGCGUAUGCCUUUGUGUGUUUGUGUAAAGUGUGUAUGCUCAUGAGUAAGGAUGUGUGUGUGAGGCUUAAAAUUCCAGAAUGAUCAUGGGACAAAGGUGUACAGUUAUUUCCUCCAAAGCUGUUUGUCAGCGUCAGGAGCGAGUGAGAAUUUCUUUUUUAUGAAAAGGGAUAUAGAGGCACCGAACUGAUGCAGUAUUUGUAAUAUUAAAUUGACCUAACAUGGUAUUUGCAUGAGUCACAAUUGCAGAGUUUUGAGCAGUUUUGUAAUUUGACACUUAGGAAAGUAUCAUAUUUAUUCUCAUGUUUUGUAUUCAUGCUUAGUAUACUAUAGAGGAUGCCAGCUUUACUCUCUGUCAUUUAAAGCAAUACAAUAAGGGUAUUCCAUAAUUGGACACCCUAAAUUUCUGGAUGAGAAAAUUUUUAAUUCUGGCCAUGAGAAAAAAAGUGACCAGCCUUCUUUUUCUUUUCCUUUUGUUUUAAAACGAUGGUUUUUUAAAAAGCAAUAAUUAUUCAGACCUCACUAAAAUUCGUUUUUGUUUUUAUAUUGUUAUGUCAUAAACUCUAAUAUGUUAUUCUGACAAGUAGCAAUUCCACAAAAUUUUUAUGUAGAUGUUAUGCACAUUAUCUUUGCUUCUUUUAUUAGACUAGUGUUGACUUUAGGGGAAAGUUUAUUCACAGACAAGUGGUGGGCACAAAGUAAAAAUGGAACUGGCUAAUAACUUACAAGGAUCCUUUAAAACUGCCAAGGGCAACCUGCAGUCUGAAGCCAAAUUCUACAGAUGGGCGGUUGGCGCCAUCUUUAUACCGUUCAUUCUUCUGAAUGAAUAUUCAACAUUGUUGAAUGUGCUAGCCAUUGGGAACACAAAACAAAUAAGAUCCCUGAUGCAAGGAAUUCAUUUUCAAAUGGAGGAGUCUGUCCUGAAGGCAGACAUUCCCAGGAAAAUGAGAUCUGUGCUAGAUUAGAAGUCCUGGCAGGUGAAAUGGGAGCGCCCAGGAAGGAUGCUUUGCCUGAGGAUUUCCUGUGCCCCCCAGGCAGGCACGUAAAUAAAAACAGAUGGGGCAGCGGCUUCACUUGGCCCUGGGCACAGUGGCAGCUAAGAUGGCUGGAGAGUAGAGUGGUUCUAUGGGUUGCACAAAAAAUGAAAACCACUUCAUGUUUUCUGGGCUGACUCUGGAUCUCGCAGGGACCGUAAACAUGAUGUAGACGAACCUCCCCAUCUUUCAUAAGAGGAUACAGUCCUCAGGACUUAGCUGUUUUUUGUUCAGUUUUGAAGGAAACCAUGUACCCACCUUAAACUUGCAUUUGAGAAGAGAAUUUGCAGCUGAAGGAGGCCACACAAUUCAUGGAAUCGCUUUAGAGGCAGACAAAUUGGUCUUCGACUACAGUUGAUUGAACCAGAAGUAGUUAUUGCAUAGAGUUGCAGAGCUGGGUCCUUUGGUCCAUGCUCCGUGUGUAGAUAAGGCAACAAAUGCAGAGUUUCCAUGACCCACCCACAGUCACAAAGCUGUUUAACUGUGGCUCCUACAUCCCUGACAUUUGCUUGUUUCCCUCUGUUGCCUUCCGAUGACUGCUGUCUAUUUCCUUGCUCCACUCACGAUGCUAUUAAAAUGUAAAUUACAGUUCCCUUGGAAGAGCCAGAUUUCCUCUGUGCUCUUGAGUUUUUUAUUCACUCCAGACACAUUGGGCCACUGCUUUGUACAUAGCACUGUGCUAGGCUCUGGGAUCCCAAAUGAACCCCUUUAACUUUGUGAAAUUGCAACAGACCCCUGGAGGAAAGUCAUUCCU